CAAGAAAGAGACGCCAUUUUGGUACAGUUUAUCUCGAUUCCCGCUUGUGAAGAUGAAAAAUUGACAAGUUUUAGGAAUUGCUUGCACACUUUAAUAUUUUAUUUCUUUAGUUUAACAAUGUAUGCUAUUUAAUACUUGAUUGCAAACUGUUUUUAUGACAAAUGUGUCCAUAAAGCUAAGUAACUCGUGUAAAGUGAUGAACCCCAGUUGAGUGCCCUCUUGAACUAGUAUAUAUUUUCUUCAGAAAGUAUUUAUCGAUAGGCUUUCAAAAUGUUUUGGAAGUUUAAUCUUAUAACUACCUCCCAUAUUGACACAAUUCUGGAAAAGGAGGAUGUCACUUUGCAAGAGCUUAUGGAUGAAGAAGACAUUCUUCAAGAAUGUAAAUCACAGAAUACGAAGUUGAUUGAAUUUAUAACAAAACCAGAAAACAUGGAGGAAAUGGUGAAGUUAAUCACAGUAGAGCCAACAGAUUCAGAUGACGAGAAACUCAGAUACAAAUACCCAAACACUGCCUGUGAGCUGUUGACAUCUGAUGUGUCACAAGUCAACGAUGCACUCGCUGACAGUGAAGAGUUGGUCAAAAAACUGUAUGCAUUCUUGGAAAUGGAAAAACCAUUGAACCCUUUAUUGGCCAGUUUCUUCAGUAAAGUCAUGGGAUUGCUGAUCACAAGGAAAAGUGAAAUGAUAUUUAACUUCCUUAAAUCUCAGGAAGAUUUUGUUGGAACAUUACUGGACCAUAUAGGCACUUCAGCCAUAAUGGACCUUCUACUGAGGCUGUUAACCUGUGUCGAGUGGGUGGAGCUCAGGAAGGCAGUCAUUGAGUGGUUGAAUGAGAAGCAGAUAGUGGAGAGGCUGAUCGGGUGUAUUGUGCCUACUCAAGAUGAGGAUGUUCACUGCAAUGCGGCGCAGUCUCUGUGUGACAUUGUGAGGCUUGGCCGGGAGCAACUUUCACAGUUACAGGACAGAACUGAAACGGACCCGCUUCUUAACACAGUGGAACAAGAGGACAAUGUAGCUGACCUGUUGACAAAUAUGUUAGAUACAGGAAAGAAUGAAUCAGUCAUAGUAAAUGGAUUGUCUGUGAUACAAACUCUAUUAGAAUUUAGAAAACAAGGCCCAGAAGGCUCAACAGACCAGAUCACCUCACUGGACACUGAUCGCCUGGCCCAGGGGGUCACUAAUGUCUUACUGGCUAUUACCCCCAGACUUAAAGAUUUUCACAGUCUUCUUGUAGAACCCCCUAAGCAACGUUUUGAGACAAUGCCAACAACCGUAGGAAAUCUGGAUCCUCCUCUCGGCAAUACACGUCUCCAAACUGUUAGGCUUAUAGCUGCAGUUGUUUUAACAAACACACAUACUGUAAAUGUAGAGUUAGCCAAUUUAGGAACGACUAAGGUUUUACUUGAUUUAUGUUUUCAUUAUACUUGGAAUAACUUUUUGCAUACCCAUGUAAGUCAGUGUGUUAACACUAUUCUGUAUAAUUCUCCGGUGGAAGUUGAUGGAAAGAAAGAGCAUCCGCUUUUAGUUCAGUUAUUUUCUGACUGCAAUAUAUUACAAAGAAUUAUGGAUAUUUGGGAAGAAAAUGACCAACAACAAAGUCAAGAAAGGGGUAUGAGAAGAGGGUACAUGGGGCAUCUAACAAAAAUGGCAAACGAUAUCGUGGCUGUGAUGGAAAAGGGAGAAAACUCAGAUUUGGUCAAAGACAGCAUUGCAGAAUUACCGGAGGAGGUUAGGGAGAGGUGGGACAACUUUGUGGCUGGUGCAUUAUCAGAUGUUAACAAGAGGAACACAGUAGAAUCUAUGCGUGGUAGACCUUUGACUUCCAGCAGUGAUGAUGAAGAAAGUGAUUUCCGAGACAUUCCAUUCCCUCAGGACGCUGCCAUGCAACAGGCCUUCUCUGAUUACCAGCUGCAACAGAUGACGUCCAACUUCAUCGACCAGUUUGGUUUCAAUGAAGAAGAGUUCCAGGAGCAAGAAGAAAAGGCCGAUUCACCAUUUGGGGAUCGUAUCUCCAGUAUAGAUUUCACAGUACAAGCAGGGGAUGAAAAUAGUGCAGCAGCCUCAAUGUUUGAGCAAGCCUGUAAUGAGAGAAUUCAGCAGUUUGAUGAUAAUGAUAGUGAUGAGGACAUAUGGGAAGAAAAAGAAAUUACAUUCUCACCUAAUGCUCAGCAACCCAACCGAGCCACCCGGUUACCAGAGACCAGGGAUGAUAGUGAUAGUACAGACAGUGAGGAGGAACUGGACUCCCCACGAAAAAUUGUCUCACAGCCAAAUGAAAAAAUGGAUGUUGAUAAUAGUGAAAAUUGGGCCAAUUUUGAUGACGUAGCAACGGAAUCUGUACCUGUUGCUAUGGAUACUUCUUCCUGGAGUCAGACAUCUACCUCCGCUGAAGCUUCAUCAUCGAGCGAAAAAUCGGAGAAGUGGGCGGACUUCAGCAACAAGUUUCCUAGGGAGGAGACCAGGGAUAAUUGGGCAGAUUUUAGCAAUAUUAGAGAUUUGUCUGCUACUGAUCCUGGACCCAGAAGUAGCUCUCCUGUGGCCAUGGAUACCAAUGAAGUCAAUUCUAGGCCUGCUGCUUACUUAGCACGUAGUGCACCAGCAGAUCUGGCGGUGGAGUUGAAUAGUGAGGAGCUGAGGACCGAGGACCUGACAGAGAAGGACAGUAUGGUCCAGGAGGAGGAGGUGUCCUCUACAUCAGAUGAUGCAACCCUACCACCACAAACUCCUAGGUUAUCAAACUCCUCACCAAAACAACAGGCUAGUUCAGUGGAGCCUGAAGAACCCUCAUCUUCCACCCCAGCAAUUCCUGCCACACCCCCAGUUGUUUCCUCCCCCUCAUCUCAGUACACACCUCCAACGAGGCCCUCAGGAUCAGAAGAUGAGGGGAGUUCGGUGGAUGCUGCCCCUUCCUCCUCUGUUGACAGGGCACCUGCUUCAGCACCUGAAGUCUCCUGCUCAUCAUCAGACAGCUCUGUGGAUGGACAGGAAGACAGGAUUGAAGACUCCCUCAGUGCAAACUUUGAUUUCCUGACAAAUGCUGGACUGAUGAAAUCACCAGUUCAUCUCCAGGGAUCUGGGGACAAGGCCGUGGAGGCUAAUGGACCGAUCCCAGAAUCCUCCAACAUCAAAGAGAAUCCAUCCUCCGAAACAUUAGCUCAAGCCAAAGACUCACCAGAAAAAAGUGACACUGUUUUAAGUUCAUCAUCACCAACCCUACAGAAUGGACCCGUUUGAUCUGCAGAUGUUCUGUUAGAGUUGGUUUUUAUUAUAUAUGUAUAUGGUGUGAUCAAGUCUGUCUGGCAGUGUACAGCCUUAUACUACACGGCCUGUGAUUGGAUGUGAAAGAUACUACAUGGCCUCUGUAAUGAUGUGAAUGCUUGUGGCAGAGAACUUUUAUAGAGCAUGUGGGGGAAGAAAGUGAAGCAUUUUACAAUAAAUUCUAUGGGACACAAACAGUAUUUUUGCUGAUGAGAAGUUAUUCUUUGUCAACUUAAAUUUUAUUGAGAAGAUAUUUGAGGCCAACAUUUUUUUUUUUUGUUUAGGAUGUAUAGAUGUAAGAAAGAAAUCAAAUGAAUUAUUUUGCAGUGUUGCAGCUGACAAUACUGGUUGUAAAUAAAGUUUUUGUAAAGAUUAUAUUCCUGUGUAGAUAGUCUCUGCCAAAAGUCUGCCAUUGACUUGUGUAAUAACCUGUGAUGUAUCAAGCUACUGGUCCCUUUAUCUUCUGUGAUACCGUACCUGGUCUCUGACGGGGGGCCCAGUUAGUAACUGUUACUGCAUUCCUCAUUACCCAUAUCUAUCAUCCAAAUGAAACUUACUUUAUAAGAAAAAUUGUUUAAGAGUAUUUUUACAGUUUAAUUUUGCCAUUAUAAUAUUGUAGGUUUUCUUAAAUAAUUUAUUAAUGUAUAGGUACUGAAACGUAGUUGUGAAGGUGGUCUGUUAUUGUUCUAUAUUCAAUUAUUUAUUGAAAAAAAAGUGUGAUUUUCUUUGAAGGG